UAAAUUCAGAUCGUCGAGUAUAACGAACGAUAUGUCCCUCCCUCCGUUUCUCCAUUUUCCUAUUCCUAGUUUCUCUCCUUUUCUCUAAAAUCUCCCCACUUGUGGUUCGUCUUCCCUAACUAAUCUGCGCACACCUCUGCUUAAGCUGCGCAUUCCGGGUGUCAGUUUUAAUGGCGGCAACUACAAAGAAGAAGCGGAAGAGAGAACAAAUUAAAAACGAAGAUGUUCCGUAUCGAAGUAAUAAAAAGCUUAUAGCCGGAUCUAGAGUUGAGGUUAGAAGUGUUGAAGAAGGGUUUGCUGGUUCAUGGCAUUGUGGAACAGUUGUUGCAUGUUGGCAUCUCUGCCGUGUUGUCGAGUAUGAUCAUUACUUAGAUGAUAAGGGCUUAGAAAAUCUCAAGGAAACGGUUCAAGUUUCUCCAUUACUCGAAGGAAUCUUAUUACGGAGAAGUCUUAAUUAUCGUGGUAUUAUUAGACCAAUUCCUCCUUGUAAAAUCAAAGCUAGUAGACUGAAUUACGGACUUUGUGUUGAUGCUUUCAUGGAGGAUGCAUGGUGGGAAGGUGUAAUAUUUGAUGACAAACAUAUGUUAUUGGAUCGAUUAGUAUUCUUUCCUGAUUUUGGUGGUCAACAAAUGAUGAAAAGUGAUGAGUUAAGAUUAACUCAGGAUUGGGACGAAGUUGAGGAAUGUUGGACUGUUAGAGGGAAUUGGAAGUUCCUUGAAUUGAUUGAGGAAUUUCCAACUAUUGUCCAUUCAGCUAAGCAGAUCUGGUAUUGUCUAAGUCAAAAAGAAGAGUUCGUGAAUAGUAUCAAGGAGUGGACUUGUAAUGACAAGUCAAUGUGGGUUGAUUUGGUUGUUGAGACUGUUUCUCAGUAUUUGGAUAUAUCUGCUGAGAUUGUGUAUAGACUUAUCUCUGAGAAAGUUGGUAAUUAUUCAGUUAAUGAUGAGCCAAAGAAACCGAUGAGGAGUAGAAAAAGGAACCCUAUUAUGUCUAAAUUCUUAAAAAGCAGUGAGGAGGAGGGUGUUUCAAAAGACGACCGUGAAGAAGGGACUCAGUUUGCAUUACCGUCUAUAUUUGUUCAGAAUUUGAGUGAGGAAGAUGAAGAUGGUCCAAUUUCGUACAAGAGGAACAAAGUAAAAAGCAGUGACUCGAUUCGUAUUCUUUCAAGUGAUCUAGUAGACGAGUCCAUAACGAAUCGUUGGUCUUCUUGUGAUGAUGAAAUGAAUGUUGACGAUGCUCAGAAAGCAAGAGGUAUUGCUGUGGAUUCUGACGAGGUUGUUGUUCGCACUCGCUAUACUGUCUAUGGAGAAGAUAACGUUCGAGGUGUUGGAACUGCACCUGAAGAUACUUUAUAUGGUUCUUUGAGUGAUGGCGACGGUGAUGAUGACCUUAUUUAUAAAGAGCCGAGCAGUAAGGCUAGAGGUAUGGGGUUGAGAAAGAAAAGAAUACAGGCCCCUACAGGUUCAGAUUCAAAAGGGCCCAGAUGGUUACCACUGGGACCAGAUUUACUUCCUGGAGCGAAAUGUUUCCCUGAAGCAUUAAUGAAAUAUUUAAAGGCACGUGGAGGAUCAAAUAAUGAGAGCGGCGACUUACGGUUAAAAUGUAGGAUGCAUCUUUCUUAUUUGGGUUGGAGGAUUGAGUAUAGGAAAACCGGUGAGAAAGGGGUUAUAUUUUGUUAUACACCACCUAAGGGUGGGGAGCCCUUGUUUUCUUUCCGUCGUGCAUGCCAGGAAGCCAUGAGUGCCGGUCUUCGUCGGCAGGUCCCUUCAACGAGUAUCUGUAUAAAAGGUGAAGACUGCCCUCCUCCACCGCCUUAUCUGGAACCAGAAUCACUUUAUACAGCACCUAAGGAUGGGACACCCUUGUAUUCCAUACAUCGUAAGUGCGAAAAGGCCAUGAGUUCCUGUCUUCGUCAGCAGGUUCCUUUGUCGAGGAUCCAUGGAAAAGAUCAAGACUCAGUUUCUCCUCCACUUUGUCUGGAACACGAAUUACUUUAUUCAAAUACACCUGAAACUCGUGGAACACCUAUUAUUCGGGACAAAUUAAAUGUUCAACCAAAUAGUGAGCUUAAAACCCUCGUCCCACGUUCAAGCAAAAAGGCACGACAUGUUGUCGUAUCGAGUUCUGCACAUCACAGCCCCCGGACUAUUCUCUCUUGGUUGAUAGAAAAUAAUGUGGUUCUGCCAAGGGCAAAAGUACGUUACUUGAGUGCAAAAGAUGAUUCUAUAAUUGGUCAAGGAAAGAUAAACCAGAAUGAAAUUAAGUGCAAUUGUUGCCAAGAGAUUUUUAGUCUGUAUAAGUUUGGACUCCAUGUUGGUAGCUGUUAUUUCCCGCCAUCUGCCAAGAUAUACUUGCAAGAUGGAAGAUCUCUGUUAGACUGCCAGAAACAGCUGCAGGAGAAGAGCCCAAUGAUAUAUGCUCAAAAAAGAGAUCUGGUGUACAAAAUGAAUGAUUAUAUAUGCACAGUUUGUCACCACGGAGGUCCAUUGUUGCUAUGUGAUCAAUGCCCAGCCUCAUUUCACUUGAACUGCCUUGGAUUGGAGGAUUUCCCUGAUGGAAAAUGGUUUUGCCCAUCUUGUGGAUGUGGAAUAUGUGGCCGGCAGAGUGAGCUUGACAGUGACUCUGGAGGACACCCUGCUGAAAAGAAAAUUCUACGCUGUGAUCAAUGCAAUCAUGAAUAUCAUGAAGAGUGCAUUAGAAAAAGAAGAUCAAGUAUGCUGGACCAUAACAACUCAAAUAGUAAAUGGUUUUGCAGUAUUAGAUGCGAAAAGACAUUUACAAGUCUCCACAAAAUUUUGAGAAAAUCUAUUCCAAUUGGAAAGGAAGAUUUAUCAUGGACUAUCCUGAAACACAAAAACGAUGCUCGUCACCCUUUUGUUCCGUCUGACAUUGAGACUGUGACGGAAUGUCAGAGCAAGCUUCAUGUUGCACUGUGUGUUAUGCAUGAGUGUUUCGAGUCCAUUAAAGAACCAUAUAUGAAUAGAGAUCUGAUUGAAGAUGUUCUUUUCAGCAAACCGUCAGAUCUGAACCGAUUCGACUUUCAGGGAUUUUAUACUGUGCUCUUGGAGAGAGAGGAUGAGGUCAUCUCUGUCGCGGCAGUCAGGAUACAUGACGAAAAGGUUGCAGAAAUACCACUUGUUUGUACACGUGCUCAAUAUCGUAAACAAGGGAUGUGCCGCAUUCUAAUUAAUGUUUUAGAAGAGAAGCUCAGAGAAUUAGAAGUGGAGAGGGUGGUUUUACCUGCUAUGCCUCAAGUGCUACGCACGUGGACGACAUCCUUCGGUUUCUCGGUGUUGUCAAUUUCUGAGAGAUUGGAGUUGCUACGUUACACUUUCCUGGAAUUUCAGGACACUAGAAUGUGUCAGAAAGUUCUGUGUUCGUUGUCAGCUGCAAAACCUAUAAAUGAAGUUUCGAGAGAAGCACUUAGAGGAUCAAAUGCAAAUGUGCAACAAUUAGUUGGUAGAUCUACUUUUGUAGAUAGUCCUGCUGCAAAAGAAUUUGCACAACCACCACCACAGUGUGUAAAACCAAUAACAGAAGAACUAAGAGGGAACCGGCCUAAACUUAUAUUGAGGUUUAAACAAGAGAAAAAGAAUGUCGAUGUGAACAGUGACACCAUUACUCCUGCAGUCAUUCAAGCAGAACGAGCUGAAUGGAGGCAUGUUCCAGAGCAACAACCAGAAGUUGCCGUGGAAAAUGUUUCCAACUUAGUUGUGACAGCUCGUACACUCGAUGUGACGACAACUCUGCAAGACGGCAAGCCACAGGAUUGGCAAGUCGGUGAGCCAUGCAUUUCUAAGAAGUGGUUGUUGGAUGAUAAGCCACGGGAUUACCAACGCCCACAGGAAGGAACACUACAAGUUGAUUCCGAACAAAAUAUGCAAAAUAGAGAAAAGGGUUAUGUUGAGGAUUCUGCAGUGGCGGUUUACAAUGAAAACCAGCAUGAAAAAAAGGGGCUCAGUGUCAAGUUCUAUACACGAAGAAAGCUAUUAGGUCUCAUGUAGAUAUAGUGCCUGGUUCAGAAGAACCAAUGACACAGAUAGGUCCUUCUCAUUCUUGUCAAUAUAAUAAGAACUAGUGAACAAAAGAAUCAAAAGAGAAUUGAGGCUUCAUCCAGUGCUUUAGUUAUCGAACCUUUAA